CCUGGCACAAACUCGCUCCGGGAGCGGUCUGGGGGGCUAUCGGCAGCCGGAGCGAUAACUGUCGGCAUUGGCGGCGACCACGUGGCCAAGUGGUCCAGGACCUGCUUGCGCCAGGACUUCGUCUUCACUUGUGCCGAUCAGGCUUGGUGGAGGCGACGUGGACGCCGGGCCGCCAGCGAAGCGGCGGGUGGUCUGCCUGACGCUCGGCCCGCGCGUCGAGAGGCAGCGCAGCUGGACCCUGAGCCCGAAGGACGGCAGCGCCUUGUGACGAGCUGCCCGUCCCGCGUGCGCCGCGGGGGGGGCCCUCCCGAGGGGGCAGCGCACGGUCGCCCGCCGACGGGGGGCGGGCGUCAGAAGGUUGGCGCGGACCUCUCGAACAUGGAUCUGGUUCGAGAGGGAAUCGCAGCGAAUGUAGUCAGAGUGCUGGGGUAGCCCGGUCAUUCAUUGUCCCUGGCUGCAUGGCUGAAGUGGGACACCGAGGCUCGG